AUGACUGCAUGGGACGGUCAGAUGCGAGUCAUGUCGACAGACAAGUGCACCUGUCGACUGCCUGGAGACGUGCAGGACCCCCAGUCCUUCUGGGAUCUGUUGCUGAGUCAGAGACUUGCACGUGCUCCCUUCCCCCCCAACCGCUUCAACGCCGCUGCCUUUUACAAUCUUCAGAAAGGACGGCCAGGCACCAUCCGCUACAACCAAGGCUACUGCAUCGCCAACGAUCUCGGGCACUUUGACGCCGGCUUCUUCAAUAUCAAUCCCUCCGAUGUCCUCUCCCUGGAUCCCCAGCAGCGCCAGCUGCUCGAGUGCUGCUUCGAGUGCCUCGAGUCCGGCGGCGUCACCCUCGACGACGUCUCUGACACCAUGACCGGCGUCUAUAUUGGCAAUUUCGCCUGUGACUACGAGACUCUGGCUUCCAAGGAGCCGGAGAGAAUCGAGGGCAUGGCUGUGCUGGGCAUGGGUCGAACCACGAUCAGUAACCGCGUCAGCUACUUGUAUAACCUUCAUGGACCGAGUGUUACAAUGGAUACUGCCUGCUCGUCAACUCUUUAUGCCCUCCAUUUCGCCGUUCAAGCCCUCCGCAACAGAGAGAUCCCAGCCGCGUUUGUUGGCGGCGUUAAUUUGAUUCUCACCCUGGAAUAUCACCUGGCCAUCGGACAGAUUGGCGCUCUCUCCCCAACGGCCCAGUGCCACGCCUUUGAUGCCUCUGCAGACGGCUACUCGCGUGGCGAAGCCAUCAACGUCUUGUAUCUGAAACGUGUCUCGGAUGCGAUUCGAGACGGCGAUCCCAUCCGUGCCGUCAUUCGGGGAUCAUCGUUGACUGCGAAUGGCAAGAACAAUGGCAUCACCCUUCCCAGUGCUCUCGCCCAGGAACUUGCUAUCCGCAAGGCAUAUGAACACUCCGGUCCCCUGGACUAUAAUACCGUUGGAUACCUCGAAUGUCACGGCACUGGAACCCCUGCUGGAGACCCCAUCGAGACCACAGCCAUCGCAAAUGUCUUUGGAAAACACCGAGAGUGGUUCGAUCCGCUGUACAUCGGAUCCACCAAGCCACAGGUUGGUCACGGCGAGGCCUGCUCGGCUAUCACCAGCGUCAUCAAGGUGGUUUUGGCCAUGGAGAACGGAAUCAUUCCUGGCACGAUUGGCAUCAAGAAACUUAAUCCUGCAUUGAAUCUCAAAGGAGGUUCGUUGGCUGUCAUCACACAGAACACUCCCUGGCCGGAAGGAAAAGCAAAGCGUGCCUCGGUCAAUUCAUCGGGAUACGGGGGAGCCAACGGCCAUGUCGUGAUCGACGGGGUGGAUGAGUACUUCAAAUCCAUCGGUUGGGCCAACCCGGCUGAAAGGACUCCCACCUUCGACCCUUAUACCAUCGUUCAGAAAAGGUUCUUGUUGCCUGUGACAGGACAUGAUGAAUACUCCCUACGUCAAUCCUUGGCCAAUAUAACCGAUGUGCUGCACCGCCAGACACACGACUUCCAUGAGUUGUUAUACACCAUGACUGCCCGCCGUACCCGCUUCUCACACCGGGCCAUCAUCCCCGUCGAGAUGAGCCAGAAAAGGAGUCUAACGUUGGGAGAGCCAGUCAUCGGUAGGGCGAGCAGCAGGACUCCUGUUGUGGCAUUUGUCUUCACGGGGCAGGGUGCUCAGUGGGCAGAGAUGGGCCGUCAUCUGCUGGAGUCCUACCCAGUCGUGCAGCGGACCUUUCGAAAGUUGAACCUGGCUCUGUCGCGUUUGAAACAGCGGCCAACAUGGUCUCUGGAAGAGAUCUUGCUUGCCCCCGCCGAGAAAAGCAAAAUUGGCGACGUUUCCUUCUCACAACCAAUCUGCACUGCCAUUCAAAUCGCGAUGAUCGAUUUGCUUCAGGAAUGGGGCAUCCGUCCGGAAGCAACUGUUGGCCAUUCGUCCGGAGAAUUAGCCGCAGCGUAUGCGGCGAAGCUUAUCACGGCCCAAGAAGCCAUCAUUGCUGCCUAUCUGAGAGGCGUUCAUGCCACGCUCACCCAAGCUCCGGGAACAAUGAUGGCUGUCGCUAUGAGUGCUUCUGCGGCGGAGAACUUGCUCGCCGAGUAUAAUAUCUCGACGGUAGACGCUGUUGUCGCCUGUGUCAACUCCCCGCAGAGCGUCACCCUCAGUGGCCAGUCCCAUGCCAUAGAUGCCUUAUAUCGAAUCCUGAAGGAGCAAUCCAUCCUGUGCAAGAAACUGGCCACGGGAGGGAAAGCAUACCAUUCUCCGAGCAUGAAGGAGGUGGGAUCUGGGUACAGCGAGGCUAUUCUAGAAGCCACAGCCAAUGAAGGUGGUCCAGUGCGUCUACUCAAUGGAGACAGACCAGUAAUGGUCUCGUCUGUGACUGUCAAGCGCCUUCAACCGGGAGACAUCGAUGGAAGCUACUGGCAAAGGAAUCUUGAGAGUCCUGUCUUGUUUGAUGCCGCCAUGAAACAUCUCCUGAGUCUCAAGUUUGGCGAGGAACGCCAUGUGGACUGUUUGAUUGAGAUUGGACCACAUAGCGCUUUGAAAGGCCCGAUCAACCAAAUCAUUGCCUCCCCCGAGGUCCAAGAGAUCUGGAAGAUGAGUCUAGGAACCGCUCCUAAGGUAACCUACGAGCACACGCUUGAACGUGGCCACAAUGCCGAAGAGGAUAUGAUGCGACUGGCCACUAGCAUGUUUAUCAAGGGCUAUCCCAUCAACCUGUUGAGAGUCAACGGACAGCGAGACUACCGACCAUCUAAGAUCAUCAUCGACCUCCCAAAGUACCCGUGGAACCAUCAGACAAAACAGCCCCUGAUGGUGAACCGGGCGACGCAAGAUUACAAGUUUGCCACCCAUCCCCGGCACGAUCUCAUUGGAACUCGACUGCCAGGGGGGAAUCGCAUGGAACCGGUCUGGAGGAAUUAUCUGCGGCUGGAUGAUGUGCCGUGGAUCAAGGAUCACGUCAUUGGAAGUGUGAUUAUAGUCCCUGGAGCAGCAUACCUAGCUAUGGCUGUCGAAGCAGCAGCCCAGUUUGCCGAAGACACCACUCUAGGAGGUCCCCCCUUCGACUUUGAGGAUGCCAAGUUUCAUCUCCAGACGGUCACGAUCAAGGCUGCCCUCGUCCUGCCGGCCAGUGGGACGGCCGAUAUCAUGAUUAAUUUGCGGCCCAGUGAGGCGUCGGCUGCUUCGAAUAGAUUGGAGUUCAAGAUCUGUUCCGUGGCUGAGGGCCGAUGGAUCGAACAUGCCGAAGGGAUCGUCACUUUUGAGCUGAUGCAUGGAGCAAAAACUGCAAAGGUCCCCUUCAACAACGAAACCGAAGAGCCCGUCUUUGAGCAGACCUUUAGCAAGGAGACCUGGUACGAGCGACUCAAGUAUCGUGGAUUUGACUUUGGUCCGCGGUUUCGAGUCAUCGACGAGAUCCAGGUGCUACUGCAUGCGUCCCGGGCCCGCGCAAAGGCUCCCAUCCUCCAGACCGCAGAGGCAAACACAACGGUUAUUACUGGCGAGUCAAGAUAUGCUAUCCACCCGCUGACCAUCGAUGCCGUCCUGCAGGGCCGGGUGGCAUCUGUCUACACCAGUCGCGCGGACCAGGAGGAGGCGACGCAGAUCCCCGUCUUCAUCGAGGAGAUGACCAUCAGCCCGUCGGCAUGGGCAAAGGACCAAACUGGUCUCAUUGACAGCGUGGCAUGGACAGAGGGCGCCCGCAGCGGCGGAUCGCACUCGACGCUGACCACCCAUGACGGUUUUGAAAUUAUUUCCGCGCGGAAUGUAAAAUGGCGUCAGUUUGAGAACCAGGGCAGCCAAGAGAAGAUGAUGAAUAAGGACACGGCCCGCGAGCCGUACUACCGCAUGCACUGGAAGCCGGACAUUGACUUUUUGGAUACGGCCGGCGCUCAUGAUUUGUACCACAGCGAUUUCAAAUCCCCUUCGGGUGCAGCAUAUCUGGACGAGGUACAUCACAUCCGCACUAGGCUCGAGACGGUGACGGUCCUGUACGUGUGCGGCGCAUUGGAGAUGGUGCGUCCCGAAGAGCUGUCCACCGAACCGGUAUUGAAAUGGACGCAUGGCUUCUACAACUGGAUGUGCCACGUCAAGGCUGAAGCCGCUGCCGGACGCAUGGUCCUCUGUGAACCGGACGCGACGAGUUUGAAUGCCCAACAGCGCGAGCAGAGGAUUGCCCAGCUCCUUGCCGAGCUCUCGGCGGAUUUCCCCCAGCUGGAAUUCAACGCCAUAUUUUAUCGGAACAUGGUGGAGAUUAUGCACGGCACCGUGGCCAGCAUCGACCUUGCGGUGCAGGCCGAAAUUCUGGCGCGUGUCUACGCUGACGGGUCGAUCCACGAUGCUGCACGCAAGAACCUGGCGUCAGUGGUAGACAUUCUUGCCCAUAAAAAUCCCACCAUGCGCGUUCUGGAGGUUGGUGCCGGUACAGGCAGCUGCACCAGCGUGGCAUUGGAUGUGCUGAACGCGUAUGAUAUGGAAAGUCAGCAUCAUCACGCGAAGCGGUACCACGAUUACACCUUCACCGACAUCUCGCCGGCCUUCUUUGAGAAAGCAGAAGAGCUGUUCAGCGCCUACCCGCCCAUGAUCUACAAGACAUUCGAUCUCACGCAAGAUCCAGCGUCUCAGGGCUUCGAACUGGGCACGUACGAUCUUAUCCUAGCCUCGAAUGUGAUGCACGCCCCGGGAAACACUGAUCGCUUGUUGCAUAACUGCAGCCGCUUGCUCAAGCCGGGAGGCAGGCUGGUGAUGUUGGAAAUUACCCAGACGGGCAGUUUGACUCCCGUUCAGUUUGCAUUUGGCACGCUGCCCAGUUUCUGGGAGUGUCUGGACGACGUGGAUGCAGACCGUCCGUUUGGACCGUUUAGAACUUUAUCAUCCUGGGAACAACAGCUAAAGGUCUCUGGCUUCACGGGGCUUGAUAUGGUGUUGACUGACUUUCCGGAGCCCUUAGCCUUGGAGAGUGUCAUGGUUGCCAGCACUCACUCGUCGUCGUCGAAUGCAAUGGCUACAUCAGAAGGAAAGCAAAGUGUAAUCAUUGUUCAUUCCCCUGAUCAAGACGACUUGGCCCAGGCCGUUGAGAAAGACAUCAAGGCUCAGGGCAAGCUUAAGGCCCAAGCCAUCACCCACUGUUCCCUGGACUCGGUGCCAGUGAUCAACAACUUCACUUUCUCCACGCACGAUGACAACAUUGUGUACAUUGUUCUCGAGGAGGUACAGACUCCUGUGCUGAUGGACAUGCAGCCUGCCCAGUUUGACGGCUUGAAACGGCUCGUCUCAUCUGCGUCGAGCAUCCUGUGGGUAACGGGUGGAGACCUGAUGGCCGGCCAGCGCCCCGCUAUGGCCAUGGCCCAUGGCAUCAAUACAGUGCUCAUGAACGAGCAUUCUACACGCAAUCUACGAUUUGCUGUGCUUGACAUCGACGAUCCAAGUACCAGUCAGAUUUCUAAGAUUACUCGCGCGGUUACAGACGUCUGCAGCACCGUGGCCACCGCGGCCUCUCGGGUCACCUGUGAGACAGACUUCAUGCUCAAGGACGGCGUCCUGCGAGUUUGUCGGGUGGUGCCAGACAUGCAGCUCAACCAGGAGUUCACCCUCGAUACUGGCGGCGAGGGACGACUAGAACAGGUGUUUCCCACCUCAGGAAACGUUCAGUUGGCCUUGGAGACACCAGGUCUGUUGGACACGGUCUACUUCCGCGAGAAGCCGACGUGUGAUAUGGCACUAGGCCCUGAUGAGAUCGAGAUUGAAGUAAAGGCGGUUGGUCUGAACAUGAAAGACUAUGUUAUCGCCAUGGGAAACUUUGAAAGUGUCAAAUCGAGCAACGAAAGCACAGGCAUCGUCGCCCGAGUCGGGAGCAAAGUCACUCAUCUCCGGCCGGGCGACAAAGUCAUCUGCCUGGAGAGAGGGCACUACGAUACAUUCCUUCGCAGUCCGGCCCAGAAGUGUGUGAAGCUCGACGCCAAUGCAGACUUGGUUGCGAUGGCCACUGUCGGUAUUGCCCAUGGUACUGCCCUUUACGCUCUGAACUACCUGGCAAGACUCGAAGCCAACGAGACGGUGCAUAUUGGUGCGGAAAUCUAUGCCACGGUAGGAACGCAGCGGAAAAAGGACUAUCUGAUCACCGAGUGCGGUAUCCCCGCCGAUCACAUCUUUUGGUCUCGCUCACUUGGGUUCAAGGAUGCCCUCCUGCAGCAGACGGGCGAUCGCGGCGUUGAUGUCAUCCUUUCGACCAUUUCUGGGCCCGGAUUCCACGAGAGCUUGAAAUGCCUGGCGCCCUGUGGGAGAUUUAUCGAUGUUGGACGAGGAAAUGUACUUGAUAGGGGGAAUAUGGGAUUGCACGCUUUCAAUCGGAGCAUUAGCUUCUUUUCCUUUGAUUUGAACUCGGUCUUGGACGAGAAACCGAAAAUGGCACAACAGCAAGAUCACCGAACUAUCACGCCCAUCACACUCGACAAGACCUUCCACAUCACCGAGAUGGAAAGCGCCCUCCGAUACUUUGGCCAGGGACAGCACAUUGGCAAGGUGGUGCUGACAUACGGUCCCACGGCCAACAAGGUAACCCUCAAGGGUCCUCUCCAGCCGCGCGGAAUCGACGGCACUGGCAGCUAUCUGCUAGCGGGCUGCCACGGUGGUCUAGGCCACAGUAUGGCCGACUCGCUGAUUGAGCGUGGUGCGAAGAAUCUCGUAUUCCUGGGUCGAUCUAGUGAAACAAAGCAGGAGAUUGCGUCGUUCUGUAAGAGGGUGCGAAGCCAGGGAGUCAACGUGGUGACGGUCCAGGGCGAUGUCUCCAAAAUGGAAGAUGUUGAGCGAGCAGUGACUCAUGCCAUCUCCAUGGGCCCUCUCAGGGGAAUCGUCCAUGCCGCGAUGGUACUACAGGAUGCCUUCUUUGACCCCAUGACGCUCGACCAGUUCAACAUGGCAGUCCGCCCCAAAGUGCAUGGAGCCCUCAACCUCCACCAGGCCAGCGUGCAGGCCGAUGCUCAGCUCGACUUCUUCUUCAUGACCAGCUCGGCUGUCACGUACGUGGGUCAUAUCUCGCAAGCGAACUACGCAGCAGCCAACGCAGUGCUAGACAAUUUGGUACGCCAGCGCAUUCGCUUAGGCCUGCCAGUGGCCACUGUCUCACUGGGGCCGAUUAAAGGUGUGGGCACACUGAGGAAUAGACCCGAGUACGCGGAGAAUCUGCUGCGUUCAGGCUUGAUCGAAGCCGAGGAGUCGGAGUUCAUCCGUCACUUUGAGCGCUUCACAACACAUCCUCAACCCGCUUCCACGCAGUUCGACCCGCUGACACAGGGCCACAUCCUUACCGGGGUGGAAUAUUCGAAGCACGACCUCAGCAUGGUUCAAGUCACACGCAUUGAGCAGGACCGCCGCUCCGCCCUGCUGGUCACCACGCUCGAAUCCCGCAAGGCUGCCGCGGGUGGUAUGAAUAGCCAUGGCGACGCGGCCGCCGACGGCAGUGUGGACGACCGUCUCCUUGCCGACCUCCCCGAUGAUCGGGAUCAAGCACUGAUUGUUCUCGCUGAGGCCAUUGGUCGGCGCCUGGCCAAGCUAUUGUUUAUCCCACCCGAUGAGAUUGACAUUAGCCGCCCCUUCUCGCACUUUGGUCUCGAUAGCAUGUCCGGCAGUGAGCUCAUUCACUGGCUAAGCCAGCGAUUUGGUCUGGGGAUGUCCUUUCUGCAACUGCUGGCGCCUUCUUGCACCCCAAAGAGUCUCGCUGUGACGGUCUUGGAAACUGUACAGAGGAAAGCCGCAAACAGCACCCAGGGAGCGGAUAGUAGUACUACUGACAAGGCCCAUGGCCAUGACUCCAACGGGGUGAAUGUAAACGGCGAUGCUCCCGCAAGCAGCAUCAGUCGUUCAGAUUCUAUAAAGACCAAUGGAGCGAAUCCUUUGCACCAGGCCAACGGUCGCGUGAAGCCGGAGUCUCGAUUAGACCGCUUCGCCCAGAAGGUCCGAAUGGCAAUUGCAGAUCCUAAGCCUGUGACCCACUCAUAUGUGUGUAUGGUGAUCAAUCAAAAGGGAGAACAAGUCUACACGCUCAAUGAAGGCAUGAUGUCUCCGGAAUCGCCCACUCGAGUGGACUUGAAUUCUGUCUACGAGAUGGCGUCCCUCUCCAAAAGUAUGACCACUGUGGGUGUCAUGAUCUGUGUGGAGCGCGGUCAGAUUUCCCUCGACGACGAUGUGGCCUUCAUCCUGCCGGAUCUCUGCGCCCUCCCAGUCCUCGACGGAGUGGACGAAGAUGGACAGUGCCGGACUAAACCGCGUACCAAGCCGAUUACACUUCGCCUCCUGAUGACCCACCGGGCGGGCUGCGGGUAUCACGAGAGUCCGGGGUUGACAAGGUGGGCACGACAGAACGGCAAGACGAAUAGCACCUUUGACAGUGACUUUGAAGUCAUGAAGACGUACCCGCUUGUCUUUGAGCCAGGCGAGGGCUGGCUGUACGGAUCCGGGAUUGACUGGGCCGGCGAACUCGUUGCACGGAUCAACCACACGACGCUGGAGGAGUUCCUGCGAACUAACCUCUGGGAACCGCUGGGGAUGGCCUCUACGACUUUCCACCCGGAAUUGUGUCCGGGCAUGAUGGACCGGAUAGUACCCAUGUACGAGCGGACAGACGACCAAGGGUUGACGCCACGGGAGACGCUCUCGCGCAUCCCCGCCCGGCACGACUGUGGCGGGCAUGGAGUCUGGUCCACGCCGGAGGACUGGGGGCGGUUCAUGGGCAUGAUGCUUGCCGAGGGGGCGCCCGUUCUCUCUGCAGCUAGUAUGGACGAGAUAUUUCGGCCGCAGACCACCGACGUGCCGGAGCUGCACGCUCUGCUCUCCGGGCCUCUGCGUGCCUCGCUCCUCUCCACCAUCGCCAUGGAGUCCAGCAACAUCGAGAUCGCGCUGGGAGGGCCCGUCUACAUGGAGGACAUUCCUGGCAAACGCUCUGCGGGGACCUUACAGUGGGCCGGCCGCCCCAACAUCUUCUGGUGGAUUGACCGGACAAAGGGGGUUGCAGCGACUACAUUUGCGCAGGUCAUCUCCCCUGCCGACACUCGCUUCGCAGCGUUGACGUCUGCCUUGGAAACGGCAGUUUAUGCGGAGCUGGCAUAAUCCUAUCUCAAUGGAAGGGCGGUAUUGUCGUGUAGGUAACUGAUGAAUGAUUAUUGUCUAGUAAGAAAUGAUGUCUAUUGUUCAACGACUAUCUAGUCUCAGUAUUCUAAAGCAUGG